AUGGGCUUCUUCUCUGGCUUGUCCCAUUGUUUCUUCGAUGUUGGGAUCAUGGCUUGGGAUGUGCUCCUCACGCUCUCCAACCUCCUGAGGAGCAAGUACCCCAUAGGCGAUGUCAUCCCUGAGGGCCGCCCGGGCUAUGGAGGGCACUGGCCAGAAUUCAUACCUCCCCAGUUAACCAACUCCCGCUGCUCGUGCCCCGCAUUCAAUGCGAUGGCCAACCAUGGCAUCAUCUCGCGCAGCGGCCGUAGGGUCUCGUUUGUCGAGCUCAACAACCAUAUCCAGGCAACCUACAACUUCAGUCCUACCUUCUCUUCUUUCGUGCUGCACUUUCUCGCUCGCAUGCUUAAAAGAAACUUCAGCGAGGAUACCUUUGAUCUAGAAGAAAUCGACCUGCACAAUGGUAUUGAACAUGACGCCUCUCUUUUACGCCUCGACACUGCUUUUCAACCAGACCAAUCGAUAACACACGUACCCUUCAUUGAGGAGUUACUCGCGGCAGCGACCGGCAAGGACAGGGACGGCAAUGAUAUCAUCACCACUAAAGAUUGCUCUAGGAUUCUCGGCAAGCGUCGUGCAGUGGCGCGUGCAGUAAACAAGGAGUUCUCGCUCAGCUUCUUCCACAAGAUCUUUGGUAGCACAAAUGCCUCGACCCUAAUUACAAUCUUUGGAGGUCGUGUAGACGACCUACACAGCUUUCUUCUUCAUGAGCGGAUCCCAGAGAGCUGGGAAUCACGCAUCCGUCAACCUCAUGAAAUGACUAUUAUCAACCUCGACAAGACUGUUUUGAGAGUUGAGGUCGGAAGGAUUGGACGUAAGCGGCACGAGAGGCUGCAGAAAGCCAUUGUAGUGUUACUCUUGGAUGAAAUACUCAUGACGUGGGACACUGCAUCUGGUUUUAUUAUAACCGUGGCACUUGGUACAUACUGUAUCAUUCGUUAA